AUGCACAUCACGGGUGAAGCAGAUCGACCGCCGGUCAAGAUUGGCGUUGCCAUGACCGACCUCACCACAGGGCUCUAUGUGCAUGGUGCCAUCAUGGCUGCGCUACUGGGGCGCGCUCAGACGGGCAAGGGUGUGCACAUCGAUGCAAGCCUGUUCGAGUCGCAGAUCGCAUCGCUGGCCAACAUUGCGUCCAAUUACCUCAUCGCUGGUCAGGAAGCGGGACGACACGGCGACAAGCAUCCGUCCAUCGUACCGUACCAGACGUUCCAAGCCAAGGACGGCCGGAUCAUGCUCGGUGCGGGCAACGACGGCCAGUUCAAGUUCCUGUGCAAUCUGCUCGAGCGACCGGGACUCGCGACUGACGCUAAGUACGCCACCAACGCAGCACGGGUCGAGCAUCGCGAGACGCUGAUCCCGCUGCUGGACGAGCUGCUCCAGCAAAAGACAGUGCAGGAGUGGUGUGAUCUCAUCAAUGGUAAGAUUCCGGCUGCUCCGAUUCGAAAUAUCAAGGGGACCUUUGACGAACAUCCGCAAAGCAGGGAUCGGAAAGUGGUGGCCGAGGUGGAGCACCCCAGGGCGGGCAAGAUCAAGAUUGUCGCGCCGGCGGUGAGGUAUGGCAACGGCAAGAUGAAGAUCACGCGACCACCGCCGGUGUUGGGGCAACAUACGGAUGAGGUCUUGACGCAGGUGCUGGGUAUGUCGCAAGAGGAAGUGGAAGAGCUUCGCAAAGCUGGAUCUAUUGGGCAAUAG